AUGGACAUAGAUGUAGGGAAGAGGAGAUUUAUUACAGGAAUUGGUUCACACAAUUGUAGAAGUGAGAAGUCCCGCAAUGUACUGUGUGCAAGCCAGAGACCUGGGAAAGCCAGUGCUAUAAUUCAGUCCCAGUCCCAAGAUCUGGGAACCACAGGGCUGAUGGUAUUUCAGAUAUUCAUCUAUUUUAUAUGUGCUUUCCAGAACAUCUCUUGUGGUAUCCACUACUUGGCCUCUGUGUUCAUGACAGUGUCCCCCUACCAUACCUGUAGGCCCCCAGGCAACGUGAGUCGGGUCCUUUUCCACAAUAUCUCUAGUUGGAGGUUGGAGGACAUCUGGAUCCUGUUUAUCACAGGCCACGAAGAUCACAUUAUAGUGCAGCUACAGAACGGUGAGGUCUGGGAGCUCACAAGUUGUCACAGUUUCCGGAGGGAUGACAAGUCUGGUUUGAACUAUGAUUACAGUGGCCGUAAAAGUGGCUUUCCCUGCGUGGAUGGCUAUGUCUAUGACAAAAGCAAGUGGGACAGUACCGUGGUGACUCAGUGGGAUCUGGUCUGUAACCGAGAAUGGUUCGCAAAGGUGAUCCAGCCUGCAUUUAUGGUGGGAGUUCUGCUGGGAGCGAUGAUUUUUGGCUACCUUUCUGACAGGAUAGGGAGACGAUUUGUCUUGUGGUCCACAAGCACUGGCAUAUUUUUAUUUGGCCUCGCAGUGGCGUUCUCAUUUGAUUAUUACAGCUUCAUGAUCGCACGCUUUCUUCUUGCUAUGUCUGGAAGUGGCUAUCUCGUGGUGGUGUUUGUCUAUGUGACGGAAUUUAUUGGCAUGAAGUCUCGGACGUGGGCAUGCAUCCAGAUGCAUUCCUUUUUUGCAAUUGGAACAAUGGUGGUGGCUUUGACAGGCUACUUUGUCAGGACCUGGUGGAUCUAUCAGAUAGUCCUCUCCACUGUGACUGUCCCCUUUGUCCUGUGCUGUUGGAUACUCCCAGAGACACCUUUUUGGCUUCUCUCAGAGGGAAGAUGUGAAGAAGCACAAAAAGUAGUUGAUACAAUUGCCAAGUGGAAUAGGGCACGCUCCUGUAAACUGUCAGAACUGUUGUCACUGGAUCUAAAUGGUCCUGUUGGUAAUGAACCCUUUGAAGUUAAGAAGCACAACCUGGUAGAUCUGUUUUAUGACUGGAAUGUUGGAACAAGGACACUUACUAUUUGGCUGAUUUGGUUCACUGGGUGUUUGGGAUUCUACUUCUUCUCCUUGAAUUCUGUUAACUUAGGAGGCAAUGAAUACUUAAACCUCUUCCUCAUGGGUGCAGUGGAAAUUCCUGCCUACAUCUUCAUAUGCUUGGGGAUGGACAGUAUAGGGAGAAGAAAAGUUCUGGUGUUCUCCCUUAUCUCAGGUGCACUGCUCUGUGGUGUGAUUAUGGUGAUCCCCAAGAAUUACUUUAUUUGGACUGUGGUGGUGACCAUGGCUGGAAAAUUUGCCAUUGGGGCAGCAUUUGGCCUCAUUUAUCUUUAUACAGCAGAGCUGUAUCCAACCAUGGUCGCUGGCCGUGGGAAGCGGCAGCAUGGUGAGCCGCGUGGGAAGCAUCAUGGCCCCGUUCUGCGUUUACCUGUCCAGCGUCUGGAACUUCCUACCACAGUUGCUUGUUGCGAUUUUGGCCUUCAUAAGUGGAGUGCUGUCACUAAUGCUUCCAGAAACCAUGGGGAGGCCUCUGGCAACGACUUGGGAGGAAGCUGCUAAACAGGACACAGAAAAAGACAAUUCAGGCAAAUCGUUUCCCACAACCAAUACUACUGCG